UGGAGGCCGGCGCGGGGGCGCGGGCAGGGCCGGCUGCUGAGACGCGCUGCUGCCCCCCGCGCGGGCGCCGCGGCUUCAAUGGCGCCAUCGCCCAGGACCAGCAGCCGGCAAGAUGCGACCGCCCUGCCCAGCAUGUCCUCAACUUUUUGGGCGUUCAUGAUCCUGGCCAGCCUGCUCAUCGCCUACUGCAGUCAGCUGGCGGCCGGCACCUGUGAGAUUGUGACGCUCGACCGCGACAGCAGCCAGCCGCGGAGGACGAUCGCCCGGCAGACGGCUCGCUGCGCCUGCAGGAAGGGGCAGAUCGCGGGCACCACCAGGGCCAGGCCCGCCUGCGUGGACGCACGAAUUAUCAGAACAAAGCAGUGGUGUGACAUGCUCCCUUGUCUGGAGGGGGAAGGCUGUGACUUGUUGAUCAACCGGUCAGGCUGGACGUGCACGCAGCCCGGCGGGCGGAUAAAGACCACCACGUCUAGGUGAUGCCACAGGAGGAUGAAAUAACACAUGAGGCCAUCCAAGCCCAGCUGACAACCAUCGUGAGCCCAGCCGAGAUCAGCAGAGGAAACAUCAGACAGAACAUGUGCUGGACACACGAGGGCCAUGGAUAAACAAGACUGUGUAAACCAGACAGCAGUGGGUUACUUUGGAAGUUCUGGGGGAGAAAAAUCAACCGUUCCAACUUAAAAUUCUACGUCUAGCAGAGGUACACUUUGAAAAUGAUGGCAAAUAAAGAUACUUGAAGAAAAAUUAAAACUGAGAGAAUGCACUGCUAAAAGACUCUUACUCCAGGAAAUACUAAAGGAUGAGACAGGAAAGAAAGUACCCCAGGUGGAAGCUUGGAGGUUCAGGAAGGAACAAGGGCUACGGGAGGUGGGAUGCUGGUAAUGGUAGGAUGGUGAGGUUCGGCACCGCUUCCCAAGAAAACAACUACACAACCAGAAUUCAAUUCCCCAGCACAACCCUUUGAAAGCACUGAAUAAAGGCAGGAAGAAAUGAUGAAGAAUUUUCUUUUGAAAGAAUGCUGCUGAUCAGGUAAGAACUGCAUUUUUGUGGCUUCCUUCCUGGGGCUGCUCUCCAAAACCCCAGGUUUGGUGAUAGAAAACACAGCUUUGGCGCAUGAGGCAGUAAGUGACAUAGCUCGGGGCAGCAGGGCAGCAGGGAAUGUAAGGAGGCCCUUUGUGAGCAAAGAGCACCAAUGGGUCCAGAUCCAAAGCUGAGCAUCAGGUUUGCCUGAGCCCCUGGCUGACCGCUAAGCAACACAGGACUGUGGGGCAGAAACUGGAGACAUUAUUUGUGAUGAUGUGUUUAGGAAGGCCAUGACUUUGACCGAGGACAUUCCCCAACCUGCACGGUCCAGGCCACCGAGAGAGGAGCGUCUCCGGCUUGAGGCAUCAGAAGGAGGAACACGGGGUGGCCAAGGAAGACAGACACCAGAGACCCAGAAAGUGGGCAAGCCCCCAAACCUGAGUAUGAACUCUGCCCAAAUCCUCAGGUGAGCGCUAGACCACAUAGGUGUAGGAUGCACACAUGGAGUCAGGAGAAAAAUAAGCGCAGCUGGAAACCAAAACAACACAAAACAAAGCCCUAAGCAGAAACAUCAGCUGCUCCACACUUCGGGGAAGACAGAUUGCACAGUUUCUGAGGGCAAGCAAAAUAAUUGCCAACUGUAACAAAAACCAACAACCCUCAGAAAAACAGCAGACAUUUCAGAGUGCCCACAACAUACUAUUUACAACGAGCUUCCCACCAAGAUUUAUCAGGCAUGCAAAGGAGCAGGAAUGUGUGAUGUGUACUCAGGAAAAAAUUCAGAUGUAGAAACCAACUCGGAGCCAGCCCUGCUGCUGGAUUUAGCAAGACUUCCAAGUAACUCUUAUAAAGAUGUCCAAAUAAUUAAAAGACAAUGUGGUAUUAAUGAGUAAAUAGAUAGAGAAUUUCAACAAAGAAAUUAAGACAACAGAAUAGCAGUUCUACAGGAGGAAAGUACAAUAUCAGGAAAUAAAUCAAAAAAUUGACCAGAUAGGCUCAACAGAAGACUGUAGCCAGCAGAGGAGAAAGCUGGUGAGUCUGAAGAGAGACCGGUAAAAUGACCCAACCUGAAAAAUGGACAGAAAUGAUGGAAGAAAGUUGUAAAAGCUUCAGAGACCUUUUGGGACAAUAUGAACCUGCCCAGUAUCGGUGGAAAUUAGGUCCCUGGAAUGAGAGAAGAGAAAAUGUGGAGUAGAAACAGCAUUUGUAGGAACGAUGGCCCAGACUUCCCAAAUCUGGUGAAAACAUUAACAUACAGAUCCAUCAGAUCAACAACCCAAUGUGGAAUAAACACAAGAAACCACAGCAAGGCAUAUGGUAUUCAAACCUCUGAAAGACAAAGACAAAGAGACAUCCUUGAAAACAGUAAGAGAAAAUGAUGCAUUUCAUGGAGGGUACAGUGAUGGGACUAAUGGCUGAUGUCCCAACAGAAACCAGUGAGGCCAUCGACAGAGGAAUGGAUAAAGAAGUUGUGGUAUAUAUAUACAAUGGAAUACUACUCAGCCAUGAAAAAGAAUGAAAUAAUGCCAUUUGCAGCAUCAUGGAUGCACCUAGAGAUGAUCAUACUAAGUGAAGUAAGUCAGACACAGACAAAUAUCAUAUGAUAUCACUUAUAGGUGCAAUAUAAAAAGUGAUACAAAUGAACUUAUUUACAAAACAGAAAUAGACCCACAGACAUAGAAAACAAACUUAUGGUUACCAAAGGGAAAAGGGGGGAGGAAUAAAUUAGGAGUUUGGGAUUAAUAUAUACACACUACUAUAUAUAAAAUAGAUAACCUACAAGGACCUACUGUAUAGCACAGGGAGCUAUACUCAAUAUUUUAUAAUAACCUAUAAGGGAAAAUAAUCUGAAAAACUCCCCCCCCAUAUAUAUAUAUACAAUUGACUCAAUUUGCUGUAUACUUGAAACUAACACAACAUUGUAAAUCAACUAUACUUCAAUUUUAAAAAAAAACAACAAAAAACAGAGAUGCCAGACACUGCAGAGACAAUCUGAAGUGUCCAAGGGAAAAAAUGUCUGCCAACUAAAGAUUCUAUUUCCAGAAAAACUAUUCCUCAAAAUAGAAUGUGAAAUAAAGACAUUUCCAGUAAAACAAAGCUGAGAAAAUUCCCUGCCAGUAGUAGUACUGCAGUGCAAGAAAUGCUAAAGUAUUCUAUAAAUAAAAACAAAUGAGUGUGUACACAAUCUCAUAAUUUCUUUAGAACACAUAUUAUUCAGUUUAAAAUGUACAGAGGUUUUAUUUGUCUCUGUGUAAAGGCAUAUAGCCCAAAGAUUGUGGUACAAACAGAAAAUAUGGCAAGGUUCAUAUUUUUUUUUCAGAAAUCACUUAAUAUUAACCUUAAAUUGAGUGUGUUAACAUAAUAUAAUCCAUAGUGAAACCUCUAGAAAAUAAUACAGUUUUACCUAGAAAGCUGAAAGUGGAAUUGAAGUGGUAUGCUAAAAAUAUGUGAUGACCCCAGAGUAGGCAGGAAAGAGAGGCUAUAGAAACAAACAUGAGAUAAGAGCAUGGAAAAGAAAGAGUGAGGUGGUCCCAAAAUCCAAACACCUCAACAGUUAUAUUAAAUACAAAUAGAAGAAACUCCAACCAAAAGUCAAGAGUUGGCAGAUGGGAUAAAAUAGCAAGAACAAAAUAUGUGCUUUACCCAGACAAACCCUAACACAACGACACACACAGUAAAAGAACGGACAACAUAUACCAUGCAGACAAUAGGCAUGAGAAAUUGGGAGGGGAUGUGUUGGUAAUAAUAGUCGAGAUGGACUUUCUGACAAUGAAUAGUACCACAAAAAGGAAAAUUUAAUAAUAAUAAAGUGUCAAUAUAGCAGGAGAAUAUAGCAAUAUAGCAGGAAAAUAAAAGAAUAAUAGAUGUAUAUAUGCCGGAAAACAAAUGCAAAGUACAUGAAACAAAAUGGACAGCACUGAAAGGAAAAUCAGAGACCAUAACCAUUAGAAAUGAAGAUUCCAUUACUCCGCCAUCAGUAACUGAUAAAACAGAGACAAAAUCAGUAAGUCCAUGGAGGACCCAGACAAGAUCAGCCAAUACCUAAUUACAUUUCUAGACUAUUCCACCAACCAAGAGUGGACCUCUAGUAGUGCUGGAACCCAUGGUAGGGCUGCGUGCUUAUAUUUUCUUAAAUUGCUAAACUCUAUUCAAAAGUGGCCAUACCUCUCUGAUCAGUCUCUAUUAAUUUUAGCCAUAAUAUAGAACUAAUUUUGCAUAUAUUCUUUUCAAGACACAUGGAAGAUGAACCAAGACAGACCAAGUGCUGGACAAAAAGCAAACCUCAGAAAGUUUCAAGGAAUGAAAAUCAUAUAAUAUAUGUUCUCUGACCACAACUGAAUUAAAUUAGAAAUCAACCAGAAAACGAUAUCUGGAAAAUUCCAGAAUAUUUGCAAAUACCUUCUAAACAAUCCAUGAGGCAAGAAGAAAAAAAAAAAAAGAAAGAAAUUUAAAUUUUACAGAUUUAAUUAAAUUAACUUAAACAUUUUGACUUGAAUGAGAAUUAAAACACACUAUAGUGAAAAUCUCUUCAAUGUAGCUAGUGCAGUGCUUUAGAAGCUUAUAUUAGGAAGGGAAAACAGUCUGAAGUGAUUGACAUAAGCUUCCUCCUUAAGAAAUUAGAAAAAGGAGCAAAGUAAACUCAAUGUAAAUAGGAGGAAGGAAAUAACACAGAGAAGAGCAGAUAUCAGUGAAGUAAGAAGUGAAUAAGUAAUAAAAGCAAUGAAACCAAGAGCUUGAUUUUAAAAAAGCAGCUUUACAGAAUUACAAUUGAAGUGUAAUUAACCGCACAUAUUUAAAGCACACUAUUGUCAAACACAUCAGAAUUCUGACAUGUACACACACCCUUGAAACCAUCACCACUGUCUUAGUCUGCUCUGGCUGCUGUAACAACAUACCACGGACAGAGUGGCUUUAAUAAGGGGGAUUUAUUUCUCACAGUCCUGGAGGCUGGAAAGUCCAAGAUCAAGGUGCUGGUUGAUUGGGUUCCUGGGGAGGGCUCUCCUCUGGGG